AAGCAAAGGCAAGCAAGACUUCUCCUUGAUGAGAUAACACCACAAAUAUCAAUCCAGAUCCAGAGCCAGACUUGCUUCUUUCUCCUUUCUCCUUCACUACUUCCCCCAUGGGAAAUCCUUCACAUUUUCUUCCAAGUUGCUUCAAAGUCUUUACGAAAACAGCAGGCCAUAGAAAAUCAGAAAUAAGUAAGGGAAAUGAAAAACACGCCAGGAUACAAUAUCCAACAGCUCUUCCCGAGGAAAUUUACCAUCAGCGUCAAUAUUCUCUAACAGAGAUCAAAGCUGCUACCAACAAUUUUCAUCCAAAAUCUCUUAUCGCUGAAGCCUUUUUUGGAAACGUGUUCAAAGGGAUUGUUGAUGAUGGAAACUUUGUUGCUGUCAAACGCUUCUUUCCAGAUUCAGUACGAGAUGCACUCAAUGAGUUCCAAACCGAAGUGAAGUUGCUCUGCCAGCUGCGCCACCAACGUCUUGUGUCUUUUAUCGGGUACUGCAAUGACAAGGACGAGAAGAUCCUUGUAUACCAACACAUGAAAAACGGGAGACUCCGUGAUCAUCUCUAUGGUUCUAAUUAUGAUCCACUCCCAUGGAAGCAGAGGUUAGAGAUAUGUAUUGGUGCAGCUCGUGGAUUACAUUACCUUCAUACUGGAAUAAAGUAUGCGGUAAUUCACCGUAACGUCAGCAGCAGCAAUAUUCUUUUGGACGACAAAUGGGUUAGUAAGCUUUCUAGUUUCGGAUUCUCCAAGAUGCGUCCACAACCAUCAUACUCUAACACGUCAAAAGCUUUGAAAAAGAUAGACUCACGAUUAAUGGGUACUGUCGGUUAUAUGGAUCCAGAGUAUCUCGAAGGAUAUGGACUUUCAGAGAAAUGUGAUGUGUACUCAUUUGGGGUUGUUUUAUUUGAAGUGUUGUGUGCUAGACCAGUCAUUGAUCAAAGAUUGGACAAGCAUAAAGAACAUCUAGAUUGUUGGGCCUGUUGGUGCAUAGGCGAAGGAACCAUUUAUAAUAUCAUUGAUCCAUAUUUGAAGGGAAGGAUAGCUCCAGAGUGUUUCAAGAUAUUCGUGGACAUCGCUUAUUGCUGUAUCAGUGAGGAGGGUAAUAGACGGCCUGAGAUGGGUGAAGUGGAGCUGAUGCUAGACCUUGCAUUGGAGAUGCAAGAGAAAGCAGAUUCCGAAAUGAAGGAUGUUGAUCCUCAUGGUGAAUGCAUGUAUGGAGAAAUAUCAUUUUCUAUCCCUGUUUCUGACCACAUUUUGCGUGUAAACAGCAGUUCAUCAUUUGAAUCUAUAGAUGGUUGACUUGAAUUUUUA